AUGUCGUUCGCCGGCGUAUCCGUAGUUUCUGCCGGCAGCAUGCCGCAGGGGUCGGCCAUGAUCUACUCCGGCUCCAGCGCAGCCAGCAGAGACAGUUGGUAUCACCUCCUUGUGGUGGAAGGUUACUCCCGCUUCAAAGACACGCCCACCGGAGUGCUCAUCAAGGGCUGCUCUUUCCAAGCUGGAGGCCAUCGAUGGGCUAUGAAACUCUACCCCAAUGGCUGUGUCCCAGAUGAUGCCGGUUUCGUGUCCGUUUAUCUUUUCCUUGACCAGGCGGAUGUUGCACGGCAUGUGAUGCUGCACCUCCAGUUUAGUUUGAUUGAUGAGGCUGACAAGCAAGAGCACGCACGCAUCCGCGCAAUCAAACCAUGUGCCUUCUCCGGCACUGGCCCUACUCGCAUUUGGGGUCGUCGUCGUUUCAUAAAAUGGGAGGACCUUGAGAAGUCAGGGCAUCUCAAGGAUGAUUGUUUCACCAUCCGGUGUGAUUCCAUCACCGCUGAAGCUGCUGAUGCUCCCUUGAUCGAGGUGCCGUCAUCUAACAUAAGCGAGCAUCUGAGCCAUCUCUUAAUGACCAAGGUGGGUGCCGAUGUGAUGUUCGAGGUCGGCCCUGAGACGUUUGUUGCGCACCGUUGUGUGCUCGCGUCCCGUUCCCCUGUCUUUAUGGCUCAACUCUUUGGCCCCAUGAAGGAGGGGACCAUGGCUAGUGCCGUACAGAUACAAGACAUGGAACAGAACGUGUUCAAGGCCUUGCUCAGUUUUGUCUACACCGACUUGAUGCCCGAGAUGGAGGCGGAAGGAGCCGAUGUGGUUACGUGGCUGCGACACUUGCUUGCCGCGGCCGAUAGGUUUGAUCUCCAGCGGCUCAAGUCCAUGUGUGAAGAGAGGCUGUCGAAGCACAUAGAUUUGAGCUCGGUGACGGCCACCCUUGGUCUGGCAGCGCAGCACCAUUGCCAUGGACUCAAGGAGGCCUGCCUAGAGUUUCUCAAAGUCCAAUCCCCUGAAGACUUGCGAGGAGUCAUGGCGACCAGCGACUGGGAGCACAUAGCUGCAACCGAUCACUCCGUUCUGAAUGAGCUCAUCGCCAAGCUUGCUUCCAAAGUUUAG